CUUCAAGAGUUGGGCAUUCAUCGGGGUUUUGCCCAAGAAUUUUCUAUCGUAAUCUUAACUUAAAUAGAUGGGAAGCGAUAGGGAGACGGGGAAGAAGAAGAAGAAAGAACAGAAGAAAGCUCUCACCUUUAAUUACUUUCUCUCUCACCAAACAACAAAUAACCAACAGGGUAGGUCGAGGUCGUCGUUAUCAAAGCCGCCCCCCAAUUUGUACAACAGAUAGAUAGAUAGAGCAAGCAAAGUUGUGGAAGAAACCCUGAAAGCCUUUCCCUUUUUAUUCUUCCGUCUUGUCUUUAUUUGUGGGUUGAGAUUUUAUUUAGGGUUUCUGGGGAAUUAGGUGGGGCUUUCUCUUCUCCUUUAUUCAUCUGUUCAUCAUCAUCUUCUUCCUGUGUUUCCUUUGAUUCACUGAAGAUGGAGAUGAUGUAUUAUCAACUCCAGAGGUUCCCUUAUGAGGAGUCUCUCAAAGUCCUUGAAGCUGAUAUUCAACACGCAAACGCUUUGGCUUCUGCUAUUCCUAGUAUAAAAGGGGGUACCCGUCUUCAAAUGAAGCUGGUUUACAAUCAAUUGGCACCUCUCUUUCUCUUUUUGCUUCAAUGGGUUGAUUGCUCCUGCACAUGCUUUCUUCCCAGAUAUUUGAAUUUGUUCCAUGUACUUGUAUACAAGGUAUACACUGAUGGAAGGACGAAGAUAUCAAACCAUGGAAGAAAAGCGACAGUCAGGGAUUUCUAUGCUAUUAUACUGCCAUCUCUGCAACGAUUACACGGUGAUUUGGUGGAAUUGGGUGGUGUCUCUAAAGAAUUCAAUCCGAAGAAGAUGGAGAUUAUGAAAGGUGGAUCUGGAUUUUCAGAUGUUGACAUGGAAAGAGAAGAUGAAUGUGGGAUAUGCUUGGAGCCUUGCACGAAAAUGGUCUUACCCAAUUGCUGUCAUGCAAUGUGCAUCAAUUGCUAUCGCGAUUGGAAUUCAAGGUCCGAGUCGUGCCCCUUCUGUCGUGGCAAUAUAAAGAGAGUUCGGUCAAGGGAUUUGUGGGUGCUUACAUGUGGUGAAGAUGUGGUUGACACAGAAACAGUUACUAAAGAAGACUUGCUUCGUUUUUACCUGUAUAUCAACAGCUUGCCUAAGGAUUCCUCUGAUUCGCGGUUCUUAAUGUAUUACGAAUACAUGCUAUGAGUUGAAUUGAAAGAGGAGGGGAUGAAGGUAGUUGUGUACAGGUUUAGAGAGAAAAUAAAGAAAAAUUGCAACUUUUAAAAUGUGUAUAUUAUUAUAAGGUGGUUUCAGAUCUAUUAUACUGAAACAAACCUUAUCAUGAAUUGCAGAUUUAUGUAUGCUCUUGAUCUUCUCAAUAAUUAUAAUAAUGUACUAGACAUGCACCUAGACUGACAUGGGGAAGCUUUCAUGUACAUUUUAGAAUGGUUGAGAAGUUGAAUAAAUAUGUGCAGCUUUUCAAUGUCA